AUGCCUCCAAGAAUUCACAUAAUUCGACAUGCGCAAGGUGAACACAAUGCGACCCGCAACGACACGAUCCGUGAUGCGGUCCUAACCCAAAAAGGGAAAGGGCAAUGCAGCACUCUGCAAUCUGCCUUCAAGUACCACAACGACAUUGAUAUUGUCUUCUCGUCACCUUUGCGGCGGACUAUCCAGACUGCAUCCUUGAGUCUGGGCCCAACACUAGCGCGGAGAGAAGUACCAAUCGUACUUUUGCCAUCAUUGCAGGAAGUCAGCAACCUUGGCUGUGACGUCGGCCUUGCAAACACUACAGAUGAUGUGAAGCAGAUGCUACCGACUCUCUUUGCUAAGGAAGAGCUACCCUUUGACUACAACAAGAUCGAUACUUCACAUGUGACUGAAGGAUGGAACAGCAAGAAAGGGUACUGGGCGUAUGAGCGAGAUGCAAUCACAAAACGUGCUGCAGACUUGAGAGGCUUCUUAAUGCAAAGGCCGGAGAAGCAGCUGACAGAGCAGAUCGUCCUCGUCACUCACGGCGCGUUUACUCACUUCCUCACUGAGGACUGGGAUGUCAGAGACCCAAUGACAGGCACAGCAUGGUUGAACUGUGAACACCGAAUAUUCGACUUUACGUCUGACUCUACCACGGCAGAUGCUCAUCUGCGGGAGACAGACGAAAGCAGAUCAUCAAGAGGUGUAGAGGAGAGGGAGCAUGACCCACACGUACUUGAGGAGUUGGCCAAGGUCUCGUCGAACGAAAGCCAAAGCUGA